AUGGGAAAAAGAAGAGGAGUUUUGAAGAAAAAGGAAGUGGAAAAACCUAGGAAUCAUGAAAGGGCAGAUUAUAUUUUUCAAACAAUGAAUCAAGAACUUCAAGACAAAGCACUGCUUGCAGCCGAAGCACACAUAUUCAAACUAGAAAAAGAGGGCAAGAUGGAUGAGCCAAUUUUUUUACAACUAACCACAAUGGUGCAAACUUCGAAAAGUAAAGAGUUCACGAGAAGAAUGAUAAAAAUUCCAAACAGAUUAAGGACAGUGAAGAAUACCACUAUUUUACUGGUAACAAAAGAUCCUGUUGAUACUUACCGUGUACCAUUAACAGAUAAGGAGGCGGUAACGUCUGACACUUUCACGGAUAUUGUUGGUUAUAAAAAGUUCAAAACCAUGGUUGGUACUUCCAAAAAAGCGUUGAAGACGUACCAUGAGUAUGAUAUGAUUAUAACAGACAAUAGAUUACAUUCUUUGCUCCCAAAACUAUUAGAACCUACCAUUUUCUGUAAAAGCUCACAAAAAUUCCCCUUGAUGUUACAAAUGGCAAAACCUAACCCAGAUGCACAAUUAGUAAAGACAAAAAAAUCAGGAUUCAAGGACGAACGGGUGGAACCUGAAUAUGUUCAAGGACAAAUUAAGUCAUGGUGCCGGAACACGACAUUUGUUCCCUCUACUGGACCAGUUAUAUCCAUCAUUGUGGGUAACCCUAAGCUAUCUGGUUCAGAAAUAAUUGAAAAUAUAGAUUCUGUACUGACUUAUUUGUGUGAUGAAUCUUCAAGGCCGAUUGGAGGUAUCGUUCAAGGUGGAUUUGAGGGGAUAUUGGACAUGCAUUUACGUGCUAAUGAUAAGACACUUCCUAUCAUGAAAAAAUCGUAA